UUUUAACAGAAGCCGACCCGCUAAGACGUUUCAAGCGUAAACGGGCUUCCGACCGUCGCACCCCACACCACUCUCUCUCCAACCUAGUUUGUCACUUUUCUGUGUUUCUCCAUCGCACCGCCAGCUCUCACCUCUCACUCACUCUCAGUCGCAGCUCAGCACAAGCGUACAACCGUCCCUCAAACCCUAGCCAUCUCCUAGAAGAGAGCAGGAAUCCCACACUCUCUCUUCUAUCCCCGCUCUGUUCUUUGUUGCUCCAGAAACCCUACCGAAAACCUCCAGCGGGGAGAGUUCCAAUUUGCCGCCGCCGCCACCGCCGCGGAUCUCGCCGGGUGGAUGCGCGGGUAGGCAUGGCGAGCAACGACCAGCCACCGCGGCGGCCGCGGCCAGGACCGUGGCCGCCCGCGCCUGAUUCCACCCCGGCGGCGCCGCUGUCCUGGGCCAAGCGAACCGGCUUUAAGGGAAGGGUCUCCGGCGAGUCCGACGCCAGCAAUUCGGGCCAGAUUGCGCUUCCCAAGCCCAAGGAACGCGAAAAUAGUCUGGAUCUGGAGUCCGGCCGUACACACACCACCACUCUCCCUCCACCUCCCAUCGCCGCCGCUGCCACUGCUACUCCAGUCAAUGGGGAGUCCGAAAACAGAGAGAGGGGAGCGGCGCUUGUGCCGGCAGAUCAGGUGGCGAGGAAGGGGAGGGAUUCGGACGGUGGGAGCAAGAAUGGGGUUUUGGGGCUCAACGGCCCGGUCCGGUCUGAUCCCCCGCCUCCUCCAGCUCGGAGGCAGAGAAGGGAGGACGAGGCUGUCACAUUGCCACAGCUUCAGGAGGAGGAAGAGGGCUUCGCGUCACGGCAGGCACAUAUUAAGUACGAGCUGAGAGAUUCUCCCGGACUUGUUCCAAUUAUCUUCUAUGCAUUCCAACACUAUCUUUCUAUACUGGGCUCCUUGAUUCUGAUCCCACUGGUCAUAGUACCGGCAAUGGGCGGCACCUAUGAGGAUACCGCAGCAGUGGUGUCAACAGUGCUUUUCAUCUCAGGCUUGACGACAUUACUGCACACUUUCUUUGGGACAAGACUACCACUGAUACAGGGUCCAUCUUUUGUGUAUUUGGCUCCGGCACUGGCAAUAAUCAGCUCUCCAGAGUUCCAGGGUCUGAAUGGGAAUAAUUUUAAGCACAUAAUGAAGGAGCUCCAGGGAGCUUUAAUCAUAUCUUCUGCAUUUCAAGCAAUAAUAGGAUAUAGUGGGCUUAUGUCUUUGCUUUUAAGGUUGAUCAAUCCUGUUGUUGUAUCUCCAACAAUUGCAGCUAUUGGACUUUCCUUUUUCAGUUAUGGUUUUACUCAAGUGGGAACAUGUCUGGAGAUUGGUGUAGUGCAGAUAUUGCUUGUCAUUAUUUUUUCACUUUAUCUUCGGAAGAUACGAAUAUUUGGCCAUCGUAUAUUUUUAGUCUAUGCGGUUCCACUGGGCCUGGCAAUCACAUGGGCUAUCGCUUUUCUUCUCACAGAAACUGGAGUUUAUAGCUACAAAGGUUGUGAUAUUAAUGUACCUCCCUCAAAUACCAUAUCAGCUUACUGCAGGAAACAUGUACCAAGGAUGAAACAUUGUCGUGUUGAUACAUCUCAUGCAUUAAGUUCUUCACCCUGGUUUAGAUUUCCAUAUCCAUUGCAAUGGGGAACACCUCUUUUUAACUGGAAAAUAGCCCUUGUGAUGUGUGCAGUAUCCAUCAUUGCAUCAGUUGAUUCGGUUGGGUCAUACCAUGCAUCAUCUCUAUUGGUGGCAUCAAGGCCCCCAACAGCUGGGGUACUGAGCAGGGGAAUUGGUAUGGAAGGUGUCUCUAGUGUCUUAGCUGGUCUGUGGGGAACAGGAGUUGGGUCAACAACACUUACAGAAAAUGUGCACACCAUUGCUGUAACCAAAAUGGGUAGCCGGAGAGCAGUUGAGUUGGGUGCCGUCAUUCUGAUACUGUUAUCAUUUGUUGGUAAAGUUGGAGGAUUUAUUGCUUCAAUCCCUGAUGUAAUGGUUGCUGCUCUUCUUUGCUUUAUGUGGGCCAUGCUUGCUGCUCUGGGCCUGUCAAACCUCCGGUACAGUGAGACAGGAAGCUCCAGAAAUAAUAUCAUAGUCGGACUCUCGUUGUUUUUCUCCUUAUCUAUACCUGCUUACUUUCAGCAAUAUGGUCUUGUGCCUAAUGCAAACUCAUCUGUGCCAAGUUACUUCCAGCCAUAUAUUGUUGCAUCUCAUGGACCUUUCCGUACGGGAUUUGGAGGG